GGACAAAGAAUCAUGCAAGCUUGUAAUGAAAAGAAAGAGGACGAGACUACGAGCGUCUGGGAUCAAACGGCGACUGAUUCGGAGUCCGGACGAGGGAGAAACGAAGCAUUGAAUAUAGGGGAACAGGUUCGGCAGUAAAAACACGGGCGCGCCUAAAUCAAAACACGGUCGUGCCCAUAUUCAGGCAUGACUGUGUUGGCUGACGCGCGCGGGGGUGUUUUUAACACGGGGAAAAACACGUGUGGGCAAAAUCAAAACACGGCCGUGUCCUCGACCGUGUUUUGCCUAGAAUCGGGGUUUUAACCCAAAUUCGAGCCAAAGGAGGGGGAGAGCUGGGUUUUUGGAUCCCAAACACCCAAGGGACGAACCAAAGAGAGAGAGGGCGAUUUGAGGGCAUUCUAAGAGUGGAAUUGGAGGAUUUCUUCGCCUUGGAAGCUUGAGGAACAAGCCUGGACUUGAAGACUGAUCAUCUGAAGAUUUUUACUGCAGUCUCUCUCUUCUCUAUGGAGUAACUUCCCUUCACUUAGGUUUUGAGGAACCCUAGCCAUGUUUGUUUGAUUGGAUGAUUGUAUGAGUACUCUGACUUGAUAAUUUUGAGUUCAUAUUCAAUCUAUGCAUGUUUUCAUGAUUCAAUUCUCCUUUAGUCAAGAUUAUUGAUUCUGCUUUGAUCCUAUGAGAGGGAAUACCUUAUUAGGUCAAUAGAGCACCAUAGAUUGAUAGUAGUGGAUCGAUUGCUUUAGUCGAGGGUUGAUUCACUGCUUUGUAUCGAUUGAGAACCUCUUUCGAUAGAGGGAGUCUAGUUCAGAACGCCUUGAUCAGUUGUUCUAGAGAAGGAUACGUCCUUCUAGGCAAUUGACUCAAGAGGGCCUUGUUCCUUUAGUCGAGACUCAAGGUCUAGUCAAGGAUUCUCUGCAUUGUGAAUGAAAGUGAAACAAGUUCGAAAUCAUCAAUCGUUAGUCUGGAUAGUGGCUAGGGGGAAUCAUAGCUAAGUGAGUUCCCAACCUGUAAUUAGAUUAACUUUAACUGUAGUUUGCUAGAGUAGUUUCAGUUCUUUCAUCUUAAUCUGGUUUGCUAAAUAAUAAACUGAAGCUGCGUAAUAGUAACUCUAGAGACCUGUGGAUUCGAUAUUUAUUACUUGAGCCACUAUACUGCAGUCCCUAUCAUUGGUUACACUUGGCCUUUGUUAGGAGUUGUGUCGUAGCGAGUCAAGUUUUUGGCGCCGUUGUUGGGGACUUUCUAGAGUAUUAGGAAAGGCAGAAGUCUGUUACUUUAGCAUUUUUCUUUUCUUUUCUUUUCCACCCUUGCUUUUCACUUGGGUGUUUUUGUUUUUGUUUUUGUUGGUGCAGAUCUGAAUCAUGGAUCCUCUCAUGGCUUCUCCAACAAUUGGGGGUAUCCACCACCACCUGAGUGGUAUUACCCCGAGACUCCCUGGAGCAAUCAAGGAGGAGAAGACUAUGGAUUCGGGUUCCAGAACCAACCCCCUUACUAUGGAGAGCAACCGGACCCCUGGGCAUAUCAAGAACAGCCUCAUUAUCAAGAAGAAUUUCUCUCACAACCAGAAGGGCCAUCGGCACUGGAGUUCUUGUUUUUGUUGGUGCAGAUCUGAAUCAUGGAUCCUCAUGGCUUCUCCAACAAUUGGGGUAUCCACCACCAUACGAGUGGUAUUACCCCGAGACUCCCUGGAGCAAUCAAGGAGGAGAAGACUAUGGAUUCAGGUUCCAGUACCAACCCCCUUACUAUGGAGAACAACCGGACCCCUGGGCAGAUCAAGAACAACCUCAUUAUCAAGAAGAAUUUCUCCCACAACCAGAAGGGCCAUCGACGCGCCUUCACGUGCCAUUCUGCAGAGCCAUGCUACACUCCACAGCUAGAUCCAAACUAUGAAUGGAGGCUUCUCAUGGAGCAGUUUGCUCGAGAUUGUGAGAGAUCAUGCUCCAGGAUGGAUCAUUGUGUCCAGGCCUAUCGUGAAACAGAGGAGAUCCUCCUGAGCCUUAAGAAGAGCGCCGAUGAUCUUGAGCGAUCUUGGGCACAACCUGCUCCAGAUCACCCUUCUGCUACCAUACUAGAAGAGGAGGAGGAAGAAGAAGGAUACAAGGACAUUAUGGAACACACAGAAGUUGUCACGGAGAGCUCCCAUGAUGAUCAUGAUCAGGAAUAUCCUAUCGUAGCCGACCACACCUUUCCACAUCCCAAACUAAGCUUUGAAGAGGCGGGCAUGAGUGAGGAGAUGCAAGAAGAUCUCAUGAAAGAAAUUGCUUGGCAACUUGCUCUCCAAUCCGUGCUAGAAGAAGAAGAGCGAGAAAGGGUGCAGAAAGAAGUUGUGGAGGAUGACGAAAGUGAAGCAGAAGGAGUUCUUGAUAAUUCCCCAGGGGUGAUACUACAUGAACAACGAAGGGAGGAUGAAGAAGCAAUUGACAUCCAGGCUGAGGACGAGGUUGAGGUGGAAGAGGCUUGCACCGGCCAUGAGUUACAUUUGAUAUCUCCACCAAACUUCGAGGAACUGCUUAGCAAGGAUCCAUUUGCAGUGUCUCUUUGCCAUACCAAGGUCACGUCAACAUCGGUCCCUCUUGGUGGACACGAUGGUGGUCAAUCGAUGCUGUCAUAUCUGGUUUGGGGAAAUGAGACGAGAGAAGAGAAGAAGAGGUCUCGAGGGUGGAGACUUCAUCCGCAUCAAGUGCAGGAGCUUCCAUCACUUGUCAUACCACAUGCUCGUGACUUGAGACUCCACCUCAUUGACGAGAAUCUCAACUUCAAGGAAGUUUUGGGGUGGACCGAAACUUAGGAGCCAUCGUCCGGCUCACGACGUGAAAGAAGCGCUUGUUGGGAGGCAACCCAACCAGUCGGUUUGCAUUUCUUUCUCUAUUUCACCUUGGUUGAGUCAGUUUUGUUAUUUGAUUUUAGAGUCAAUAACUCAACCUUUGUGAGAUUUUGUGUGGUGUUUGUGUUUCGACUACUCUCUCCUCCUUGAAUGCACUGCCUGCCUCGUCCACCAUCAUUCACCCUUGAUCUGGUAACUUCGUUCUACCCUCCUUAUCUUUCCUCCAUUGAGGACAAUGUCGUGCUUAAGUGUGGGGGGGUGUUCGAUUAUGUAUGCGGGUGAAUGUUUGGCUAUUUGUGUGCUUGGAGCCUAGUCCACUGUCCAAAUUUUUAAAUUUGAGGGCUCCAAGUACGUGUUUCCUUGCAAAUUGCUUGCUCAGUAUGCUUUGAAUUGACAGUCUCUAUAGUAAUGUGCAACCUAGGGAGGUAGUGUAGCACUAUGGAGGAUGUUGAAGUAUAAGAUUUUUCCUAUCUAGCUCUCUGCUGUGCCAGUUGAUUUUGUGAAUUAGUGGAGCUAGGACCGUUGAAUUCAUGUGAUAAUGGUGACUCUAUGUGGAUUGUGUUAUGGACUCGUGUAUCGAACAGGGUGCUCAUGUGGAAAAUGAAAAAUGCAGUUGGUCCUCCAUGUCAAAAUCAUCAAAAUCAUAAACAUGGGGUAAGCCCAACGUGUGCGGCACCGUUCAUUGCACAAAAAUCGGGUUUUGGAAGAGAUUUUAGUGAUCCUUAGUGGGGUACUCCUACAGGGUGAAGCUAAGUUGUCUCUAGUACAAGUAAAACUUCCACCCGUUAAACGGUUUGCCUACUUGAGGAUGUAUUUUUAAGGGCACGGAUAGAGCUUCCGACCCCCCUUAAUUUCAUUGACCCUCCACACGAGUUGAGGAAAAGGAGUUAAAAGAAGUACUCUGGCGAGCGCCAGAUGUACAGAAAUUGCUCUUGCUCGACUAAUAAGGGUCGACCGUGCAAAAGACUGCAGUUGGAACCCCCGCUAAGUGAAUGAGAAAGAAAAAAAAAAAAGAAGUAAAAGGAAAGUGAAAAAGGGGUUCCAACGGUGAAAUGAAGUGAAAGAGCACCCCCAGUACAACGAUUCCUUAGUUGUGAAUGGUGUUAGUCCCUUUAUCCAUGAACUGACUGUCUUACUUCCAUUUUUUCUCAUGAUCCUGGCUUGAGUCUAGUACUCGCAUUGAGAGAGAUAGGGAACGUCUUAGAAGACCAGUUGACCCCGUAAGAUGCUAUAUGAUCUAGGAAAUCCUCUACCGACGAUCGGGGUUGUAUGUUGCUAUAGAGGUCUGGAGUGCUACAUUGGUUCGAGUUAGUUUGCUUGGGGACAAGAAAACAGUUAAGUGUGGGGGGAUUUGAUGACUCGAUAUUUGCACAUGUUUUCCCCUUUUUUUCAUGAUCGUUUGAGAUUUAAUUAUCGCGUCUUUGGCCUAUUUUACACUAGGUUGUGUUCCUUUUUCACAUUUCAGGUCCUAGCACAUAAAGUGAAGCAUAGGCGCAAGUUUCAAGUCAAUCAGAGAUCAAUUGGCGAAUCGAUAGAAGAAACUCGGGCAUGACCUGAAGAAGAAUGGAUUUCUACCUCACUUUAUGGACAAAUAAUCAUGCAAGCUUGUCAUGAAAAGAAAGAGGACGAGACUACGAGCAUCUGGGAUCAAACGCCGACUGAUUCGGAGUCCGGACGAGGGAGAAAUGAAGCAUUGAAUAUAGGGGAACAGGUUCG